AUGUCGCUACAAGUUGGACGGGUGGUGGCGCCACCUGUAAGUAAGUCAGUGAUAUUAAUUAUUAUCAAAAAAUUUUAUUUUUGCACUUUAUGGCACAAAUGGGGUAUAUAGAAAAGAGCUGGGAUUCUAAUUAAGAAGAUGCAAUUACACAAGUUUGCAAUUCAGUUCUCUAAAUUAAUUUUGCAAAUGAAAAUAUAUCUGUUAUGGGGGUGUAGCGGCGCGCAUAUUUAAAAAAGUGAGUUUAACAGCGGUAACGCCGAUUUAAAAUGAAAAAAGAAAAAAGAUAGUAGAAAAUAUAUUGUAUAGUAGAAUAUAUUUUGUAUUCUCAGUUGUUAAUAAUCAAUCAAAGUUUUAUAAAAUCGUAUUAAACAUUAAUAUUAAUAAACAGUUAUUGUUAUAGUUUCUUGUUGAAUCUCGUAAUAUAUUUUGUAAAGAAGUAAACUUCUAAAAGAUUCACAAAGUGAUUUAAUAAGAUUCAACAUUGUCUCUAUGAUAUAAUAAUUCGUGCAAAUAAAAAAUAUUAUAAAGAAAUCAAUUAAGGAAAGAAGAGGAUACGUUUAUCUCAAGCAACAGUUUCAAAAAAUACCGAAAUGGAAGAUGAUUUAAAAAAAAAAUUAAUCUUUAUGGUUAAAUAGAAUGCCCGUUAAUGUGAGAGGAUUGUUGUUAGUUUUAGGAAAAUUAGGUUUAGAUUUAGUACACAAUCAAAAAUUCUUAGUAUACUUAUAUGUAAUAAAUUUUCGAUUUUCUCGAAAACGAAACAUCUUACAAGAAAACUUUAUUUUAUAUUUUCGAUUUAUUUUCACACGUAGAAUAAUCUCCCAUUAUUUUUUCCUAUCAAAGGUUAACUUCAAAUUUAGUUAACUUAAUCAUACGAUUAUAUGAUAAAUUUUCGAAUUUAAUUUUCUUAAAGUCGAAAACUUAUAUGGAAAAAUGUUAUUCUUUCUGUUCAAUUUAUUUUUUCAUUUAGAAUCUCUCCGAUUAAUACUAAGUCAUCCUGUAUAUAUGUACAAAUCAUAAACAAGGAAUGUGAUAAUGUGCAAUUAGUACAUUGAUACUAAUAGUAAGUAGUAAUUAGUUUUAAAAAAUAUAGAUAGUUGAAACCAUAAUUGAAAACCAUGUAUAUUAAUAUUCAUUUAGAAUCAUGUAUUUACAUAGAUUUGAAAAGCACAGCAGAAACAAUCGAUCAAAUUUUCAUUCGAAAAAAUAUAAAUAUAUGGAUUAAUCUAUGAUUUUUUUGUAAUUGUAUCUAUCUAAUGCAGUUCCCAACUUUCUUCCUUUAUAUCAUUUGAAUUUUGACAUGCAUAUACGAACACAUUUAUUAUUAAGCUAAGCUAUUAUUAGGAAAGCAAUCACAAUUGAUUAAGUGUAACAUUUUGAUUAUAUAUUUUUAUAAAUAAUUAUAUGUAAAGUAUGUUUUUAUCUAUUUAUCUUGUCAUCGAUUUAUUUCUUAAUUAAAUAUAUUAUAAUGUAUACUUGUUAAUUGAUUCCUAGUUACAUUAUAUGAAUUUUAUAUAAAUAUCACAUUCAAUUUUUGUAUCAAUAACAUAAACAAUGAUAAACAAAAUAAGUCUUAAUUAACUUUUUAUUGUUUAAGAUCACUUACUUUUUUGUAUGCUUUCAAAUUCAUUCACGGUUUAAUAACGAUUUGUUCUGUUUGAAAUACUAGUAACACAGCAUUUAUUGGCUGCACUGUUUAUUAAAAAAGUAAUACUUCACGCAAUACGCAACGUACACAGAAAUCUCGUUCUAUGGUGUCAUUGAUUCACAUUAAACAUGUAACAGUGAGAAAGGUAAGGCGUAUUUUUCGAAAUCUUAAACAUUGACAACUUUUGUCGAACAUGACAAAUAUAUACAAUUUUUUUUAUAGGCGAACGAAGAGAGACUAUUUCAAACGUAUCCGGUAAAUUAUCUUUAGGGGUGGGGUCCCUGUCAUUUAAAGCCAAAGAGGUGA